AGUGAGGCCUUGCGUCUGUCGGCGGGCAGGGGGGUGGGGGUGACUGGAGCCGGAAGGCCUCCCGGGCCUUGUGGUCGCCGUGGGUUCUCGGUUGCGAGGCAGCUCGCUCGUUCUGCGAUCUAUUGAGAGUGGCUUCCAAGAGCCCCGUGCCUAUGUCUGGGAGGGAGGGAAGAUGGCAGCCGUGGCGGCAGGCGGCCUGGUGGGAAAGGGGCGCGACAUCAGCCUAGCGGCCCUGCAGCGCCACGACCCCUAUAUCAACCGCAUCGUGGACGUGGCCAGCCAGGUGGCUCUGUACACCUUCGGCCAUCGGGCCAACGAGUGGGAGAAAACUGAUGUGGAAGGAACCUUAUUUGUUUAUACAAGGUCUGCUUCUCCAAAGCACGGAUUCACCAUUAUGAAUAGGCUGAGCAUGGAAAAUAGGACAGAACCUAUUACUAAAGACUUGGAUUUCCAACUCCAGGACCCUUUCCUUCUCUACAGAAAUGCCAGAUUGUCCAUCUAUGGAAUUUGGUUUUAUGAUAAGGAAGAAUGCCAAAGAAUUGCAGAGCUUAUGAAAAACCUAACUCAGUAUGAACAGUUGAAAGCCCAUCAGGGAACUGGAGCAGGAAUUUCCCCAAUGAUCCUCAAUUCAGGGGAGGGCAAAGAAGUAGACAUUUUGCGAAUGCUCAUCAAGGCCAAAGACGAAUACACAAAGUGUAAAACCUGUUCUGAGCCAAAAAAGAUAACCAGUUCCUCUGCCAUCUAUGACAAUCCAAAUCUCAUCAAACCAAUUCCAGUGAAACCCAGUGAAAACCAGCAACAGCAUAUACCUCAGCCCAACCAGACCUUAGACCCUGAACCCCAGCAUUUAUCCUUGACAGCUCUGUUUGGGAAGCAGGACAAAGCUACAUGUCAGGAAACUGUGGAGCCUCCGCAGACUCUCCACCAGCAGCAGCAGCAGCAGCAGCAGCAGCAGCAGCAGCAGCAAGAGAAGCUUCCAAUUAGGCAGGGGGUUGUACGCUCCCUGUCCUAUGAGGAACCCAGAAGACACUCACCCCCCAUUGAGAAGCAGCUCUGUCCAGCCAUUCAGAAACUCAUGGUCAGGAGUGCAGACCUCCACCCAUUGUCAGAGCUGCCUGAAAACCGGCCUUGUGAAAAUGGCAGUACCCAUUCUGUGGGAGAAUUUUUUACAGGACCUGUCCAGCCAGGGUCUCCUCACAACAUUGGAACUUCUCGUCGUGUACAAAAUGCUUCCAGAACUCAGAACCUGUUCGAGAAACUUCAAAGUACCCCAGGGGCAGCAAACAAGUGUGACCCUAGUACACCAGCACCUGCCAGCUCAGCUGCCCUGAACCGCAGCAGAGCUCCCACUUCUGUCACCCCUGUGGCUCCAGGAAAGGGUCUGGCUCAGCCACCACAGGCCUAUUUCAAUGGUUCCCUUCCACCUCAGACAGUAGGACAUCAGGCUCAUGGAAGAGAACAGUCCACACUCCCAAGACAAACACUCCCCAUCUCUGGUAGUCAGACUGGCAGCUCUGGAGUGAUCUCCCCUCAAGAGUUACUGAAGAAGCUUCAGAUUGUACAGCAGGAGCAGCAGCUGCAUGCCUCUAACCGGCCAGCCUUGGCCGCCAAGUUUCCUGUGCUCGCUCAGAGCUCUGGAACAGGGAAACCCUUGGAAUCCUGGAUCAACAAGACAUCCAGCACAGAACAGCAGACUCCUCUUUUCCAGGUCAUCUCACCUCAGCGCAUCCCUGCUACAGCAGCUCCGUCUCUGCUUAUGUCCCCCAUGGUGUUCGCACAACCCACCUCCGUCCCGCCAAAGGAAAGGGAGAGCGGCCUCUUGCCUGUGGGAGGCCAGGAGCCACCUGCUGCCGCCACCAGCCUCCUCCUGCCCAUACAGAGCCCGGAGCCCUCCGUGAUCACCAGCAGCCCACUCACCAAGCUCCAGCUCCAGGAGGCACUGCUGUACCUCAUUCAGAAUGAUGACAACUUCUUAAAUAUAAUCUAUGAAGCCUAUCUCUUCAGCAUGACUCAAGCAGCCAUGAAAAAGACUAUGUAACAGCAAGGCCUUUUAAAACUGAUUUUCAAGGUCCUUCUAGAACUCCGGCACAAGGUUCUUUCAUGUUGAGUGUUGUUUCCUUCAAUGUUUCUGCCUUUUUAAAAAAAAAAAGUAUGUGUAAUAUGAAGUAAAAUGUUUCAGACUUUUUUUUAUA